GUUGAAGGCAAAUACUCCGCUAACGUGGGUCACCGGUGACCACCACGGCGUUCAAUGUGUUAAGAAACGUUUCCUGAUUUGUAUCACUACAUUAACGAUAAAUGAAUGUCAUAUAUUAAUGAAAUAUGUCUACAGAUUUAUUUAAAUACAUUUCAAUAUUUAUUUCUACUAAAACGUGUUCAAAGUGUCGGUUAAUAAACAACUUUUUUCAAUUAUAUAACUUAUAACAUUUUAUUGGUCAGAAAAUAAAAAUACGUUUUAAUCAAUAUUUCACCAUAAAAGCCAAGUUAAGUGAAAUAAUUUUGGAUAUAAAUUAAAUAAAAUGCAAACACUAGAAUCCUAAAACUAAUUUCUCAUAAAACAAACAUUUUACUAAAAACGUUAUCCUAAAGACUAAUUAUUUGUUUUAUGAUGUGAUACACAAUGAUGCUGAUGAUGAUAAUGACUGUAAAAAAAACUAAACAGUAGUGAAUUACUCUAAAAAAAGACUUAAAGUUUUAAACUGUGAUUGGACUAAAUAGAUUGAUGAAAGACCUAGUGGACAUCAAAAUGUUCAAGCUAAUUCCUGUACUCCUGGUCUUCGAGUUGAGGCUCUCGAGAUGUUCGCUGGUGAUCGACAGCCUUUCACAACAGUCCAUAUCCAUAUCUGACUACUGCCCCUCCUUUCACUUCUGCAAAGAGGGAGCCCAUGUCAUGUGCAUGUAUUACAACCCUGACCAUGUGCUGGGUCCGCACUGCUCUAAUGGUGUUAAUAUUAGCUUCAAUGAAGAGUUAGCUACAACAGUAUUGGAGGUGGUUAAUGCAUUCAGGAGCAAAAUAGCCAACGGCAAAGAAACAGGCAAGGAAAACAAGAAACUGCCUCGGGCAUAUGGCAUGUUUCGACUGCAAUGGGACAACGAGCUAGCAACGUUUGCACAAGUGCUGGCCAACCAAUGUAUCCUACAACACGAUCUCUGUCGAUCCACCAGAAGGUUCCCGAGCCCUGGACAAACGCUGGCUCUUAAGAUGUUCCUGUACCCGGACUGGAGAAUCAUUGGAUCCAAUGACGAGGACUUUACUGGGUUAAGUGAAGACAAAAAGAUGCAUACUGUCACCUCGGCCCUAAAAAAUUGGUACUUGACCAAAACCGAUGUCACCGAAUAUAUGGCGAUGGUACAUCCUGAUUUUAAUUUAAUUCCUAAACAUGAAGCAAAGGGUCGUCCCUACCUGGAGUUAAUACACGGUGCAACAACGCACAUAGGCUGCGGUUUUUGUGGCUUCAGUCAAUACGUCCCCCUCGACUACAAAAACAACUCUGGUUUCAACUCUAUAUUCACAGUAUGCAACUAUUCUGCCAAACCCCAAAUUGGCCGCAGUGUAUAUAAUAUGGACCCACCAGCCCCAGGCCAAGGAUACAGCCCCAAAUGUGGUUGUCCUCCAGGGUCUGAGGAGGAUGAGGAUUGCCUCUGCAAUUUACUACCGAGAAAAGCUGAACGUAAAGUAAAGUGCAACAGCCUAGAUGGUAAGGGAUGCGAUCCGACCUUAGUUCUACUGCCAAUAUUCACAGUGGAAGAUGCACCACCCGACAAAUUAUUUGAACAUGCAGACAGUAUCAGAGACCCGUUGAGGGAUUUCAUAUUUGAAAGCACGGACAAUUCAAGUGUCUCUCAAAGGAUGAGACAAUAUCAAACAAUGUUUGACAGUUUUAAUCCAAAACCAAAAGCAAGACAGAGUAUCCUGCGAAACAUUCCGACUAUAUCUCAUGCAGCCAGAGUAGCAGGCAAGCGAAAAACAUCACAACGGUCUAAUGUUAUACACAGAGUGCAAGAAGUAUCGCCUGCGUUUCCACCAAUGGAAGAUCCUCCUCUUCCCCCUCCGAGAAUACCACCACCGCCACCCCCACUACGACCUCCUCCACCACCGCCUUCACGUCCAGCUCGCACCCACCACAGGACUCGUGCACCACCCCCAAUCCCACCACGCAAGCCAUCCCAUGCUCGGACUUCACCAAAGCGUAACUACUCACCAGCUCGAAGGGCACAUGUUGAUCACCAAUCUACAGAUGUCUUACAUUCUCAUGAUACCUUCGACUCACCCAGAAUACUAUUGAGGCAAUCCCGCAAACCUAAGAAAUCUAGUAUAUUCACAAAAGUAGCACAAUUUAAAUUACCAGCAAAGAAAGAUGUUUCACCACGAAAAGAUUAUUCGAACCUACAUAAAGAAUUUGAUAAAUAUCUUAAACGUCUACAGUAUGCAAACAGAAGGAAUGAUGUUCAUUCAGAAGUUAUUACUCCAGAUUUAGAAAGACUACACACAGAAGUACACGCGGAUGAAAUAACAACUGAAAUUAUUUUAAAGACUGCUGAAGAAAAACUCAUUAAUUUCAAUCAAUAUUUGAAGGAAAAUAAAUACAAUAUGGAUAAUCAUUCCUUGGACAUGGUACUCAAAGAUGAAAAUGACAAAAACAAUAAACUACUGUCUCUCCUCAAUACUUUGGAGAAAGAAGUGAAACGUAAUGCUCUCGACGGCGAUGAAAAAGAAUUGAUUGAUGCAAAAAUUAGAAAAAUUUACGGUUCUAUAGUAGGUACCACUGAAAGAACAUUACUUUCAUCUACUACUACCAAUGGUUAUGAUUCAGAUAUUGCCGAAAUUGACAUUGGUAACUCGAAAAAUUCUGGAAAGUAUGAACUUGUUAAUUUUACUGACGGUGAAAAACAUCCAAAGAAUUAUGACUAUUUAGUUGACUCAAGGAACAGAAAGUUAAAUAGUGACUUGCUACAUAAAAGGUACAAUAAUAACUUAGAUGAGAAUGGUUUCAGUGAUUCGGAAGGCAAACAUGAUAUUUACAAUUACAACAAAUAUAAUUACAAUUAUGGACAUAAAUAUGGCAUGAAAGAUUUUGCAAAUAAAUAUAACAAAAAUCAUGAUCAUAAUAAAUAUAGUGAAAACAAUGUGGAUAGCAAAUUUGGUAUAAGACAUAAAUAUACUCAAAAUGACCCAAAGUAUCAUCACAAUUACGAUUGGAUUCAUAAAUAUGACGAAACUGUACCAGUUCAUAAGAAUACAUUAAAGUACGAAGGUAAAGAUUUCAAUGAAUUCAGAGAACUGAAACAUUCCUUAACUUCUAUGGAAGAUGAUGCAAUUAAGUACAGCAAUUUACUAGAAUUUAGGAACAGGGAAUUAGCUAAACAUAUCCAUGAUCGUCAAGACAGGGAUGGUCGCAGAAUCGGAGAACCUGGAAAUCCCAGAAAUAAAAUAGAAAGAAAAAGUAAUACAAUGUAUAAUUAUCAAGAUGACAUUAUAGAUGAUCCGUUAAGUUUAGAAAGAAGAAAAUAUUUUCAAGAAAAGCUAGAUAACAUUGAAAGAAUGCUUCUUUCACGUUCAAGUGACCAUGGAGGCAACAGGGUACGCCGAAUGAAGCCGGCUUCACCAAGAACAGGUUCCAAAUCUGACAACUACGUCCCACAUAGAGCAAGAAUUUUACACUCUGUCAUGUACGAAUUUUAUUAGAAGUUUUACCAUAACAAUUUCAUAAUAAACAUGAAGUCGCACUAAAAUAUUUCUGAGUUAUGAUGUUUGUGAACCAACUUAAAAAAUAUAA